AUGCUUAGAGCUACUAAUAAAAAAUAUUUUUGGGACCUUACCUAUAUAAGUAUUUUCCGGGGUCCUAGUUUAGCUGUAAUAGCAAAAAAAGAUGAAGAAAAUAUAACUUUAGAAAAAAUUAUAAACAAAAAAAGUAUGUUAUUAUAUUUAAAAUCAGAACCAGAACCUAAUUGGAAGUUUUUGAAAGAUAAGAUCAAACUAGAAUAUGGGUGUACUAAAACUUUAGAAAAAGCUAAUAAGAGAGCAUUCAUAAUAGUGGAUUGUGAAAUGAAUGAAAUCAAUAAUGGGUAUGAAAAUAGCAUAGUUCAUAUUGAUUUGGAAGAAAAUAAAAUUAAAAAAAAUGAUUUCCUUUUAAUUGCUGAUAUUGAUAUACCAAAUUUUGCAAAAUCGGGAGUAUCAUUCAAAAAUUCAAAUGUCAAAAAUUCCAAUGUUGUAACCAGUCUAACAUAUAAUAUUAUUGAAUAUAAAAAAAGGUCUUUAAAAUUUAAAUUAGAACCAACUACAGAGUUUAUUGAAGCAGUAAAGGAUGUUAUAAAUUCUAAAGAUCCUAGAAAAUUUAAAGAUAUCAUAAAUGAUUUUGGUCAAUUUAUUUCAAAAGAAGUUAUUUUGGGUGGAAGAGCUUAUUUUAUUGCAAGUGAAAAUUCUGAAGAAAAUACUAGUGAUUACACUACAAAUAUAGGUGGUCAGGCUUUAAAUUCUAAAAUUGAAGCAAAGAGUUCAAAUUCUUUAAAUAAGAAUAAUUCUUCUAAAUAUAAAAGUUUUAAAUUAUUUGGAGGAAAACAAUUUGUGAGUCAGAUUGGUUUAAAUGAUUUUAAAUACUGGAGUUGCAUAAAAUUUAAAGAUCCAGUUAAUGUUUUUCAAACUUUAUCUGAAGAUUUACAUAAACAAGUUUUAUUACUGGUUGGAAAAAAAAUUCUUUAUACAAAUACUGAAUAUUAUACUUAUCAUUUAUCUGUACCUAGAAUUCAUCAUACUUUUAAAUUAAACAUUCCAAAAAAUAUUUUAGAAAUUCUUCAACAUAAAGAUGCUGAAUGUAGUAUUUUUGCAACAGUUAUUGAUAAAGAAGAAAAAGAUAUCUUUAACUGUCAAGUUUUUUGGCCAUCAAACACAAGCAACUUUCUAAGAAAUGCUGUAGUUGACCUGCAACUUCUUGAACGGAUAACAAAUGAGGAUCAAAACGAAUAA